CGUCAUUUCUGUGCCGUAAACCCCAGCUGGUGGCCAGCAAUGACCGUUUCUGCCGCUUUCUCGAGGAAUAUUGCCCUGUUGUGACAGAAACUUACUAUCCCACGAUUUGGUGCUGGGAAGGCCGGGUGCAGACACUCCUGCGUCCCUUUAUCACCUCUAGACCCCAAGUACAGUACAGGAAUGAGCUCAUUAAAACAGCAGAUGGAGGACAGAUUUCGUUGGAUUGGUUUGAUAAUAACGACAGCUUAUGUUAUCCGGAUGCCAGCACAAGACCCACUGUCCUGUUAUUGCCUGGCCUGACAGGAACGAGCAAGGAAUCCUACAUUCUUCAUAUGAUCCAUCAAAGCAAAACGCUGGGAUAUAGAUGUGUGGUUUUUAACAAUCGGGGAAUUGCUGGUGAGGAUCUUUUGACACCAAGGACUUACUGUGCAGCUAACACAGAGGAUUUGGAGGCCGUUAUUCAUCAUGUACACAGCCUGCACCCCUCAGCUCCGUUCAUAGCAGCUGGUGUUUCUAUGGGAGGCAUGCUUCUUUUAAAUUACCUGGGCAAAACUGGCAGAGACACUCCUUUAAUGGCAGCUGCGAUUUUCUCUGCGGGUUGGAAUGUUUUUGAAUCUGUAGCAUCUCUGGAGAAGCCACUAAACUGGCUUCUUUUCAACUAUUACUUGACUACUUGUCUACAAUCCUCUAUCAACAGGCAUCGAAAAAUGUUGGAGAAAUUAUUUGAUAUGGAUCUUGUGAUGAAGGCCAGAACUGUUAGAGAAUUUGAUAAGCAGUUCACUUCAGUCAUGUUUGGCUACCCUACGAUUGAUGAUUACUAUGAAGAUGCUAGCCCAUGUCGCAAGCUGAAGUCAGUAGGAAUUCCAGUGUUAUGUCUAAACUCUGUGGAUGAUGUUUUCUCACCAGGUCAUG